AUGUCGGUGUUAGCUCUCCAAGAAUAUGAAUUCGAGAGGCAGUUCAACGAGGACGAAGCCAUCCGGUGGAUGCAGGAGAACUGGAAGAAGUCCUUUCUGUUCUCGGCGCUGUACGCCGCCUGCAUCCUGGGCGGCCGCCAUGUCAUGAAGCAGAGGGAGAAGUUUGAGCUGAGGAAGCCGCUGGUGCUGUGGUCGCUCACGCUCGCUGCGUUCAGUAUAUUUGGUGCCAUCCGUACCGGGAGCUACAUGACUUACAUCCUGAUGACCAAAGGGCUUAAACAGUCAGUUUGUGACCAGAGCUUCUACAACGGGCCAGUCAGCAAGUUCUGGGCAUACGCCUUCGUUCUUAGUAAAGCACCUGAACUGGGCGACACCCUCUUCAUCGUCCUGAGGAAACAGAAGCUCAUCUUCCUCCACUGGUACCACCACAUCACCGUGCUGCUCUACUCCUGGUACUCCUACAAAGACAUGGUGGCCGGGGGCGGCUGGUUCAUGACCAUGAACUACUUGGUGCACGCCGUCAUGUACUCUUACUACGCCCUGCGGGCGGCCGGCUUCAAGGUGUCCCGCAAGUUCGCCAUGUUCAUCACGCUGACCCAGAUCACCCAGAUGCUGAUGGGCUGCGUGGUCAACUACCUGGUGUACUCGUGGAUGCAGCAGGGCCAGGAGUGCCCCUCCCACAUGCAGAACAUUGUGUGGUCCUCCCUCAUGUACCUCAGCUACUUCGUGCUCUUCGUGCAGUUCUUCUACGAGGCCUACGUGGGCAAGUCCAGGUCAGCCGCCGUGACUCUCAGCAAGAAAAGCGAGUAG